AUGAAUACCGAUUCUGACAUAUACAAGUACCCGCCUUUGCGAGAAGGACCGUCAGUGAUGGGCGACGAGCUGGUUUCUGAAGACGGGCCUGUCCACAACAAGGAUCAUGAAGCGCAUUUCUAUUAUGGGGAGGAAGCAGGAGGGUAUACGCUUCAGCGCGGGCAGCCUAUCAACAAGCUUCACCUGGGAUAUGUUCGUCUCUGCGUAGGGAUGCUGUCUGAGGACCCGUCCUGGGAAGGACUAAGUGCGGCCGUUGGUCGGUACGAAGAAGGAUUAGAAGGUUACGUUGUGGACCAUUACACCGAAUUCACGGUCCCGCCUUUACUUGGAAACGAUAACGAGAAGUAUGAGGGGAGGCCGCUUUCUGAAACACGGGAUGACCCAGCGUGGCGUGGUCAUGUCCAGCUUUUGGCGUGCAGGAAUAGACCUGAGAACCGCUUCUUCUUCAUGGCCAUCGACAGGUGCAACAGGGAAUGGGACACGUCCUACCCACUCGUAGGCCAACUCGCCUCGAAGGCGUACGUACCCAUGGAGGAGAUAGGUCGCCUUAUCCUCCAAAGCCGGGCUACAGGUCCUCUGUCGUUCGCCCAAGUCGAAGAAUCUGACGACUCGGAGGAGGAAGAAGUCUUUGCGAAUUGGGUGGAUUAUGACCUUGAUGAUGGGUAUUAUCCUGGGGACGAGGACGACUCGGAGGUUGAGACGAUUAUGGGCUAUGAAGAUGAUGUGUGGACGGACGAGUCUGAUUAUGGGGUUUGGCGGGGUAGGUAUAUCAACGGAACUCACAAUUUCGACGUAAUUUAUAGCUCUAUAAUCGGGUAGCAGAGUUCUAAACUACAUUUUUACACUGGCGCUGGCAUUGUAAUCUAGACGCCCGUCUAUAUUGGCCGCAACACGCUAGAAUGCUCGGGGAACUUCAACGUCACCCAGCACUCCGUUCUCCAUAAUAUACUAGUAAUUCUUCUCCACAUG